AUGUCACCUGUUCAUAUAAUAAUAUCCGGUGCAUCUUCUGUUGGUAAAUCAACCCUUGUUGAAGAAUGUUUACGAAAAUUUCGACAAGAUAAAAAAUUGAAAAAUAAACAAUUCAAACGGAUUCAAGAAGUUGCACGUACUGUAUUGAAUCGAUUAAAACUUACUGGUAAACAUUUACAAGAGUACGUUGCACAAAAUGAUAUUGAAAGUUUUUCCAGAGUACAAGAAGAAAUAAUUCGUGAACAAAUUUUACGUUUUGAUGAAGAAAAAGAUAAUAAUUAUUUAUCAGAUCGAGCUGGUUUUGAUGCAUUAGCAUACAUUCGUCAGUAUUUUGACAAUGAACAAAAAACGAAUUCUAUUUGUCGAAGUAAACAAUUUCAGUUAUUAAUAAAUCAAUGUCAGCAUGGUUUAAUAUUUAUUAUUCAGCCACAAGAAGAUUUGCAAGCACAAAACGAUAACAUGAGAAUAGUUGCAAGUUAUAAAGAACAAAUUGAAUAUACAGAAUCAUUAACAUAUUGGUAUAAAAAAGCAAAUUUACCUUAUUUUAUUUUAACUGAUCUUGAUUUAACAAAACGUGUUGAAUUUAUUGAAAAACAUAUAAACGGUUAUUUUCAUUGGCUACCACCAGCAAUACCAAUUCCAUUAUGUUUACCAUUUCAUUUAAAUAAACAUCAACAUUAUGGACACAAUAAUGUUGCAACACCAUCACAUUCAGAUCAAUCCUAUAUGCGUUUUAUUGAAAUAUUAGACAAACAAAACAUUAAAAUAAGUUACAAAAAAUAUGAUAAAAAUCGUUUAGUAGAAAAAUAUGAUCCAUCAUGUUUAAAUAAUAAAUUUGUUUCAAUAUUAUUUGAUCAAAAGUUAGAUAAUACAUUUAUUGAAGAUCUAUUAUUUCAACAAAUUUUAAUUAAUGGUCAAGCAUAUAAUUUUAUUGGUUACAGUAAUAGUCAAUUACGAGGUCGUUCAUGUUAUCUAUAUGCUGGUUCAACUGAAGAAAUAGAAUCAAUCAUUAAUGAUAAUGGAGAUUUUCAUAAAAUAAAAAAUCGUAGCAAAAGAGCCGCGCGUAUUGGAUUAUUAUUUUCAAGUUGUACACCAACACUUCAUAUUGAAUCUGAUCACGUUAUUGAAAUUGAUGAUAUUGAAAGAAAUGGUUACACUUUUACUGAUGGAUGUGGAAUUAUUGGUCGAUGCUUAGCUAAAAAGAUUGUUCCUUAUUUAAAUGAUUUCAAAAAGCCACUAAUAACAUUAAAUGAAAAUAAUCCAGUCGAAGAUAAUACUUGCCCAUGCGCAUUUCAAAUACGUUAUCAAGGUUGCAAAGGCGUAUUAAUGAUAAAUGAUGAUGAUGAAGAUGAAACUAUUCAAAUUCGUCCAUCAAUGAAAAAAUUUACAAGUACAAUCAGUACAUGUUUGUAUGUUUGUGACGAUGGAUAUUCAAAGCCAAAACUUGGAUUUCUCAUUAAACAAUUUAUAAUGUUAUUAUCUGGUUUAAAUAUUCCAGAUGAAAUUUUUUUUAAAAUACAGAAAGAACAUUUUGAUGAAAUUGUGACAAUGUGCGAUGAUAUGAAUGUUGCUAUGAAAUAUUCACUUUAUUUUGAUCGCAUUGAUUUGGUCUAUCAUUUGUUAUCAAAUGAUAUUCAAUUGAUUCAAUCAGAAUUACAAAUACUACGGAAAAAAGCUUUAGAAUCUGUUGAGAAAUUAAAAAUUCCAAUCACAAAAUCACGUUUAGCUUUGGGAGUUUGUGAUCCAUUUGGUGUACUAAAACCUGGUGAAGUUUAUUUUCGUCCAACGUUUAAUGGAAGACAAUUUAUGAUUGAUUCAAAAAUAUGUUUUGUAGCAAAAUCUCCAAGUUAUCAUUUAGGUGAUAUUAGAGUUUUAAAGUUAACGUCAUAUAAACAAUUACAAUAUCUGUACGAUGUUAUUGUUUUUCCGACGGAAGGCCGACGUCCACAUCCAAAUGAAAUUGCUGGAAGUGAUUUAGAUGGUGAUAAAUAUCUCAUUUGUUGGGAUAAUGACUUAAUUCCAAAACAAACAAAUCAACCUAUGGAUUAUAAUUCGACAGCAAAAGCACAAGAAUCUGAAAUCAUCACACGAAAAGAAAUGAUAUCUCAUUUUGCUAAUGCGCAAAAGAAUAAUCAAUCAGGUAUUAUCGAUAAUUAUUAUAAUUACUGGGCAAAUCUCCUUGGCGUCGCGUCAAUUCAAUGUCGUCGACUAGCAGAAUUAUUUUCUGAAGCUGUUGAUGCUCCAAAAACGGGACAAAAAAUUCGAAUUCCAGUUGAAUUAAAACCACCAAGAAAAGAAGAGCAACAAUUGCCGAAUGAAAUAAGUUCAAUACAAAGUAGCCAAGAUAAUUCUCAAUCAAAUGCAAGCAAUAAAACUAUUGAAAAAAAAGAAUUUGUUUGGAUAAAAAUGUUAAAUGAGGCGAAAAAAUUCAAAGAAGAAUUCCAAAUAAGAUUAAUCAAUGAAAAUCAAUUUAAAUCAUUAACAAAAGAGACAUUACUAAAUAUAUUAUAUGAGCGACGAUGUCCUUAUAAAUAUAAUUUUACAAAUGCUCAAUCAUUAAAUGAAUAUUCUUUAAUAGUAACAACUAUUAAAUGGAGUAAUGAAGAAGAAAAUUCUGAUGAAAUUCUUAAAGAUCUUAUUUAUUUAUUUGAUUUUAGUCAACUAACAAUGGAACAAAAACAAAAUGUUGAAUUAUCAUUAAAAAUUGAUCAAUCAUAUUUAUAUUCAAUAUUAAAUAAAUCAAAAAUACUAUCAAAAGAACUUAUUAAUAAAUAUCAUUUAUCUGAUACUUGCCUAUCAUGGAGAUUGUUUUAUACUUCUCCAAAAUUGUUUAAUAUAUCGUCUCGAUAUGAAUUCGAACAAACAUUGCAGCCAAUUAUAUAUGUUUUAAAACAAAAUUCUCUACAUGAAAAAACAUUAAUUAACAUUUCCAUUGAUGAUACUAUUACUUUAGUAUUAGAUAUUUGUAAAGAUGCUUUAAGUCUUCAGUCUCAGUUGGCUAAUUCAAACGAAUCAAAGACGACGUUUCAAAUUCAACCAGGCUUAUUUAAUGCUUAUCUUGAAUCAAAAUUAUAUUCAAUUCGAAGAAAGUUUCUUCUUGAUAUUGAUUAUUUUUUAACAAUAAGUAAAGAUCGAAUUCAGAUUUAUCAAAAUGAUCCAAGAAAUUCAUUUAUUGUUUUUAUGUAUGAUGUUAACCUUGCAAAUAAAAUUAUUAGCGUUGACUUAACACGAUUCGAUCGAAAUAUUUUACGAAAUCGAAAUCAUCCAAAAGUAAAUAGGCACGAGUUUUUUUAUUUUGAAAUAUUUGUUUUAUCUGGUGAUCAACAAAUAUCUUCAAGUUAUUACCCAGUUAUUAGUUAUUAUGAUGAAGAAUAUUAUACACAAAAUUAUCUUAAUGAACAAAUUGAAAAUUAUCAAUAUGUUGAAUAUCUUACAGAAAAGGAAAAGGCUGAAGAAGAGAAAUACAAAAAUGAGCAAAAACAAUAUGAAGAAAAGCGAACAGAACUGAUGUUGAAAUAUGAAAAUAUGUCACAAGAAAAUAUUGAAGAAUUAAUCAAUAAUUUAAUGUCGAUUCAUGAUUGUGAGUAUUUAAAUAAAAUAUGGAUUUAUCUUAAAGAAUCAGGCCACACAGAAAUCAAUCUUAAUGAAUUGAAUGAAAAAUUGCUUAACUAUUUUGAUCAAGAAAUUAAAUUUAUGUUAAAUGGUUCAAUAUAUCGUCCAUUUAUUGAUGAAAAAUGGUUUUAUGAUUUACUAUUAUCCUCAAUUAAUCAAAACAAAUAUUUAAAUAUAUUUUUUCAACAAAUAAAAAAAUUUAAUUCAAAAUUAAAAGACAGAAGUCAAUCAAUAUAUAUUCCAUUUUUAGGAAGAAUUAUUCAACGUCUCAUUAAAGAAAAUGACCAAUUGAUUCAACCAUCUAAUCUAAUUAAUAAUGAAUUUAUUUAUAAUUUAUAUUUAUCAUUAAUAUUAAGUAAUGAUUAUAAUACCGAUGAAAUUAAUUUAAAUUAUAUUAUUGAAAUAAAUUCUUUAACAAACAUUCCAUUAACAUUAAAACAAUUAUCACAUUUAAUUCAAUCUUGUUUAAUGGCAAAAAAUUCAGCUAUUUGUCAACAAUUUCUUCAAUAUUUAUCCAAUAUUCAAAUAGUUGAUGAAGAACAACAAAAUUCAAAAUCCACUAUUGAUUAUAUAAUUCAAUUUUUAUCAAUUCUUAUUCGAACAAAUGUUAACGAUCUUGAUGAAAUUAAUCGAAGAAUUAAAUUAAAAAAAGAAAUUUUAAUUAAAAAUGGUGAAACUAUAUUUGAUCUACGAGCAAAACUGACCAUUAGAAAAUCAAAUGAUCAAAAGAAUGAAAAUGUUCAACAAACCAUCAAUACUGGAAACAAUGAUGAAAAAGAAGAUGACGAAGAAGAAGAAAAAUGUCUUGAGCCAAUAUUUUGUUUUGAACAUUAUAAAUAUGAAAAAAUUCCAUCGCAUAAUUUUAAUAUUGGUGAUUCUAUUGCAUUAAUUGAUCAAGAACAAUUAGAUGAAUAUUUAAAUAAGCAAACUAGAACAGAAGAAAAGCCUCCGUUACGUUUAUUUUAUCAAUCAUUUGGAACAAUUUUGAGUGUUCACCCAUUAUUAUCAAUUAAAUUUACAUUUUGGCCAUUAUCAUUAACAAACAAUAAUUACCUCAAUCGACAAAAAUUAUUUCGCUUAGAACGUCUUCCGAAUUUUGUUACAUUAAAUCGGUCAAUUGAUGCUUUUGGAAAAAUUAUUGAUAAUAAAGAUGUCUUAUUGAUUAAACCAUUUUUAAAUUUAUCCGAUGAUAUUAAUAAAGAUCAAUUGAAAAAUUACGCUCAAAAACAAAUAAAAACUGUAGAAAAUAAUUUAAGCAACGAUAACGAAUAUAAUCAUGCUGCAUUAAAUAAUAGUCAACGACAGGCAAUAAAGCAUGCAUUAGAAAAUCGUUUAACGCUUAUUCAAGGUCCACCUGGCACUGGAAAAACUGAAACAUCAGCAUGGAUUAUACAUUUAUGGUUAAAGACAUUUUUUCGAGAAGGUCAGCCGAUUCUGAUUUGCGCAGAAACACAUCAGGCAGUAGAUAAUUUAACACGACGUUUAUUACAAUAUCAACAAUAUCGUUUAAUUCGCUAUGGUGAACCAAGAACUGUUGCUUCAGAUCUACAUAAAUAUACAAUGCCAACACAAAUUGAACUUUUACGUCGCGAAAAACAACGGUCAAAUGUAAAUCCCACAGAAAAUAGAACUUUAUUCGGACCAGGAAAACCAAAAGAAAUACGUGAAAUAAUAUCAAAAUGUCAAAUAUUAUGUAUGACUUGUUCAGGUGUUGGAAUAUUGGAACCAUCAUUGAAAUUUCCAUUCAUUCUAAUCGAUGAAGCAUCGCAAGUAACUGAACCAAAUAUUCUUAUACCCUUAGUUCGAAUCACAGAUCAAAUUGUUCUGGUUGGUGAUCAAAAACAAUUACCCCCUAUUAUAAAAAUGGCUGAAGCGAAACCAUUGCUAGAACGAUCAUUUUUUCAGCGUUUAUUAGAAAACCUAAAUAUAAACUCAAUUAUGUUAGAUACUCAAUAUCGUAUGCAUCCAGCAUUAAUUGAUUUUCCAUCAAAAGUUUUCUAUAAUGAUUUAUUAAAAACUGGCAUUAAACCUGAACAACGACCAACACCACAAGAAAUUAACUUUAUUAAUAAACAAAUUCCAUUAAUGUUUGUCGAUGUUGAUGAAGGUUAUGAAAGAAUUCAUGGAUCGAAUAUUUUUAAUAAGGAAGAAGUUGAAUUAGUUUGUAAAACAAUUCAAACAUUACUCCCAACUCGUCAACCAAAUUUAUUACCAAUGGAUAUUGGUGUUAUUACUCCUUAUGCACGACAAGUGAAGGAAAUUGUCGAAAGAUUAUCAACAAUGAAAGUGCCAAAAGGCGUUGAGAUUCGAACCGUGGAUGGAUUUCAAGGAAGAGAAAAAAAUGUCAUUCUUAUUUCUUUAGUUCGAUCCAAUGAGGAUAGCGAAAUUGGAUUUUUAACCAAUGAACAACGCAUGAAUGUUCUUUUAACGCGAGCGAAAUGUGCCAUGAUUGUUUUUGGUAAUAAGCGUACUUUAAUGUCAAGCGAUGUAUGGAAGCUUUGGAUCGAAGGAGUUCCUAAUGUUACGUCAGCGCGAUUUUUAAAUGAAUGUUUAACUAAACAAAAUCAAAUAACAGAUCAACAUCAAUCUUCAUCAACAAAAGAAGCAAGAUCAUGCACUAAUAAAAACAAGCCUAGUAAUUAUAGAAAAACUUAUUCUAAGUAA